AUGAGCAAGUGGAUUGAUAAAGCAAUUAAAAAACAGCAUUUGAAAUUUCAUCAAUAUAAAGUAUUUAAUGAUAUUAAUAAAAUUGGAGAUGGUUCAUUUGGAACAGUUUAUAAGGCAUACAAUACUCACUACAAGAAAUACAUGGUUUUGAAAUCAUUGAAAAAUGGCCUUGCUGAAGAGCAAUCAUUUAAACAAAUUAUAAAUGAG